GCCGCUGCCCCGCCCCGCCGCCGCUCACGGGCCGGGGCCGGCAGUCACGAUGGCGGGGGGCCGUGGGUGCCGGGCACGGCGUUGAGCCGAGCCCCGCCGCCCUCCGUACCCCAUCCGCUGGCACCCGCAGAGGCUCGGGCCCCCCCCCGGACUCCCCUCGACCCUGACGCCCAACCGUGUGUCCACCAUGCCUGUGGUCGGUGUACUCCUCUGGGCCACCCUGCUGACUCUGGGCUGGCGGGCUGCCCACGCCAAGGAUCACGGCUUCGGCUUCGCCACCCCCAGGGUCCAGCUGUCCUUCAAAGAGCUGAAGGCAACGGGCACAGCGCACUUCUUCAACUUCCUCCUCAACUCCAGCGACUACCGCAUCCUGCUGAAGGACGAGGACCAUGACCGCAUGUAUGUGGGCAGCAAGGACUACGUCCUCUCACUGGAUCUGCACGACAUCAACCGCGAGCCCCUCAUUAUCCACUGGCCUGCAUCCCAGCAGAGGAUUGAGGAGUGCAUCUUGUCGGGCAAGAACAGCAACGGAGAGUGUGGCAACUUUAUCCGCCUGAUCCAGCCCUGGAACCGGACUCACCUCUAUGUGUGCGGCACUGGUGCCUACAACCCCAUCUGUGCCUUCGUCAACCGUGGGCGCAAAGCCCAGGGGUACCCGCCGAGCCAGCCGGGAGGCCGGGAAGGCAGAUCCACCGCCAGCCCCCUCAGCCCAAGACCAGCGCAGAGCAAGGAUUAUAUCUUCUACCUGGAGCCAGACAAGCUGGAGUCAGGCAAGGGGAAGUGUUCCUAUGACCCCAAAGUUGACACCGUCUCUGCGUUAAUAAAUGAAGAGCUCUAUGCUGGUGUCUACAUUGACUUCAUGGGCACGGACGCAGCCAUCUUCCGCACCAUGGGCAAGCAGACAGCCAUGAGGACAGACCAGUACAAUUCACGCUGGCUCAAUGACCCAGCCUUUGUCCGAGCUCAGCUGAUCCCUGACAGCAGUGAGAGGAACGAUGACAAACUCUACUUUUUCUUCCGAGAGAAGUCGGCCGAUGCCCCCCUGAGCCCUGGGGUCUACUCCCGCAUUGGACGCAUCUGCCUGAACGACGAUGGGGGCCACUGCUGCCUCGUGAACAAGUGGAGCACCUUCCUGAAGGCCCGGCUGGUCUGCUCCGUGCCAGGACCUGAUGGGAUUGAAACACACUUCGAUGAGCUCCAGGAUGUCUUCAUCCAGCAGACACAGGACACCAAGAACCCUGUUAUCUAUGCUGUGUUUUCCGCUUCAGGGUCAGUCUUCAAGGGCUCUGCUGUGUGUGUCUACUCCAUGGCUGACAUCCGUAUGGUCUUCAACGGGCCAUUUGCACACAAGGAAGGACCCAACUACCAGUGGAUGCCCUACACAGGCAAAAUGCCCUACCCCCGGCCAGGCACCUGCCCCGGGGGGACCUUCACCCCAUCCAUGAAGUCAACCAAGGACUACCCUGAUGAAGUGAUCAACUUCAUGCGUGCGCACCCGCUGAUGUACCACGCUGUGUACCCCACGCACCGGCAGCCGCUGGUGGUGCGCACCAAUGUCAACUACCGCUUCACCACCGUGGCCGUGGACCAGGUGGACGCGGCAGACGGGCGCUAUGAGGUGCUUUUCCUGGGCACAGACAGGGGCACUGUGCAGAAGGUCAUCGUGCUCCCUCGGGAUGACAUGGAGACAGAGGAGCUCAUGCUGGAGGAAAUUGAGGUGUUCAAGAUGCCAGCACCCAUCAAGACAAUGACCAUCUCCUCCAAGAGGCAACAACUCUAUGUAUCCUCGGCCGUAGGGGUGACUCACCUGGCCCUGCACCGCUGCGAUGUGUAUGGGGAAGCCUGUGCGGACUGCUGCCUGGCCCGGGACCCUUACUGUGCCUGGGACGGCAGCGCCUGCACCCGGUACUCCGCCUCUUCCAAGAGGCGCAGCCGGAGGCAGGAUGUGCGGCACGGCAACCCCAUCCGCCAGUGCCGAGGCUACAACUCCAAUGCUAACAAGAACGCAGUGGAGGCCGUGCAGUACGGGGUGGAGGGCAGCACUGCUUUCCUGGAGUGCCAGCCCCGCUCUCCCCAGGCCAGCGUCAAAUGGCUGCUGCAGAAGGACAACAGCGACCGGCGGAAAGAGCUGCGGGUGGAGGGCCGGGUGCUGCGGACGGAACAGGGCUUGCUGCUGCGCGCCCUGCAGCUCACCGACAGCGGCCUCUACUCCUGCACCGCCACCGAGAACAACUUCAAGCACACGGUGACCAAGGUGCAGCUCCGCGUGCUCAGCAGCCGCGCUGUCCAUGCCGUGCUGGUACAGGCAGAGACCCCCCCCGGCCUGCCGGGGGCCCCCACUCCCCGCUACCAGGACCUGCUGCAGCUCCUCACCCAGCCCGAAAUGGGACUCCUGGACCAGUACUGCCAGGGCUACUGGCGGCACACGGCUGCUAGCCCACCACAGCCGCUGGCUGGCCUCAAAGCCAAGGAGCAGCAGGACCAGAAGAAGCCUCGAAACCGCCGGAAUCACCAGCCAGAGACCUAUGGGCAUACAUGAAACCAUCAUCAGGGACUUUGCUAGCACAAGUGGUCUAUUUUUCCCCCCUUUUAAUAUUAAAAAUA